GCGUCUAUUGUCUGGAGCAUCUUCUGGCAGCCCGACAUCCACUGCAAUCAUGUCAGCCCUUGGCUCGCUUCUAUACUAAAGACAAUCAUGCCUCUGCUACAGAGCGAGCACAAAUUUACCCUGGUGAAGCUCUUCGCCCUCCGCCGACCUCGCGUUGCACCGUGGUGGCUCGGGCUCAUGUUGCUAGGCGACGACGUCGCCAUUUUCGACCGAAUACAUAGCUAUCUAUGCACAUUGCAGGAACGCGCCAAUUUUCCAUGCUUAUCAACACCGGAUACAACCGUCGCAGCUUGGACGGGAUCUGCGCAAUCCUAUUUGGAUGACUCGGUCCCAACCGAUGUCCACCACACAGAAAGUCAAUCGUCGGAGAGCAGGAUCAUCUCUAGAGCGGACCAGCUACGGCACCGCUAUCUUUUCUUGCGCCAGGAUCCUGGUUGGACAUAUUCAGCAUGGCGGCCAUUCGGCUCCGUUCCAAUGAAGAACGUCGAAAGUGAGCUUUGGCCACAACUUGAACUGGAGUAUUCGCUAGAGUACGUUGACUGGAUUUGGUGGACCAAAGACGGGAACGACGUGCAAAAGGGGUAUAGACAUGACGUAGCCAACGGAGAUAGAGACAUGACUCUGAUAAAUGCCUUGCGAUCGCAGCGCCACUCAUGGCUAAAGCGCUGGUUUGGAUGGCAAUAGAAGGGCUGCGAUAGCCAAAAAGACAUCCAAUAAACGAAAGUGACAAAGGAAAACUCCUUAAGCACUACAUCGUCAGCGCCCGUGUUCUCGUCUUUUCCUCUCAUUCCUU